AUGCAAGCCACCGCCUCCAUCCCCCCCGGCCUCCCCGCCGAGCACGGCCAUGCUGCCGUGGGUCGCCCGGGUCUCUCGGCACAAACACAGAGCAGCAACGCCCUCUACGUCGGCAUGAACCCCAGCCCGCCCGCCAACCCGGACCACCGCUUCUGGUGGGACCACUUCGCGCCCUUCCUGCUGUCUUGGCUGUGCGCGUCCGGAUGCUACUCCGAGAGCGACAUCGCCGCCCAGCUGACCAUCCUGCGGGACGUCGUCAUCCCCGCCUUCGGGCCCCCGUCCGUCGUCCAGCACGCCCUCAAACCCACCGGUUCUCCCUUUGAGCUGUCGUGGAACUUCACCCCGCACGGCAACACCAUCCGCUACACCUUCCAGCCGAUGGGCUCCCGCGCCGGCACCGACGAGGACCCCUUCGGCUCCAGCAACCUGGACGACGAGGUGCUCCCCCUCCUCGAGAGGCACUCCGCCAACGUCGACCUGCGCUGGUUUUGCCAGUUCCGCGACGCCUGGAUGAUGCACCGCCACCACGCCGACGCCGCCGCUGCCAAGGAGGCCAUGAAGCAGCACGCCAACGUCAAGAUCCCGAGCCAGCUGUUCCUGGGCUACGACCUGGUCGGCCCCAAAGCCCAGCUCAAGGCCUACUUCCUGCCCAUCUUCAAGCACUUCGCCACGGGCCGGUCGACCGACGCCCUCGCCGCCGAGAUGAUCCGCUCGCUGGAGCCGUUCGGCCCGGAGCUCGAGGACCAAGUCCGCCAGAUGGAACAGUUUCUGGCCGGGUGCAGCUACCCGCACUUCAUCGACAUGGUCGGCAUCGACUGCUGCGACCCGGCCAAGGCGCGGAUCAAGGUGUACGUCCGCGUCAACAAUGUGAGCCGCGCGUGUGUGAAGUACUUCCUCACAAUGGGCGGACGAUUGGACGAUGAGCGGACGCGGCGCAUGCUCGCCGACAUGGACCGUUGCUGGCACCACGUCAUCGACGAGGAGGCCGGCUAUCCAGACGAGCAAGACAAGAAGCCCAAGGAUCCCGCGACGUUCCACAAGGGCAUCGUCAUGGCCAUCACCCUUUCUCCGGCGCUCAACGACGGCGUUGUGAGGACGAGGCCGUACUGUUCGUGGAGCAAUUACCAGAGCAGCGACUGGGGCGCCGUGGGAAACUUUGCCAUGAUCCUGAAGGAGCUGGGGAUGGAGAAGGAGGCGGAGACGUACGUGAGGGGCCACACGGCCACGGCGAGCUCGGUGUAA